CGGCGGCGGCGGCUGCCCGGCUCGCCCCCUCGGCCCUGCCCGGGGCUGGUCCGCGGGCGGCGCGGCGCGGCGGGCCGGGUCGGGGCGCGGGAGCGGCUGUCUCCUGCGGGAGGAGAGGAGGCUGGCUCCGGGGGCGACCGCCGGGGUGGCGUGGGCUGGUCGCUCAGUAGACCUUCAUGGAGGAGCACGGCGUGACCCAAACAGAGCACAUGGCUACCAUAGAAGCCCACGCCGUGGCCCAGCAAGUGCAGCAGGUCCAUGUGGCCACCUACACCGAGCACAGCAUGCUGAGCGCCGACGAAGACUCGCCGUCUUCUCCCGAGGACACCUCCUACGAUGACUCCGACAUCCUCAACUCCACCGCGGCUGAUGAGGUAACAGCCCAUUUGGCUGCUGCAGGUCCUGUGGGAAUGGCCGCUGCUGCUGCGGUGGCCACAGGAAAGAAGCGGAAACGACCGCACGUGUUUGAGUCGAACCCGUCAAUCCGGAAGAGACAGCAAACGCGCUUGCUUCGGAAACUACGAGCCACUUUAGACGAAUAUACGACUCGAGUGGGACAGCAAGCUAUAGUCCUCUGUAUUUCACCCUCCAAACCCAACCCUGUCUUUAAAGUGUUCGGCGCCGCACCUCUGGAGAAUGUGGUGCGCAAGUACAAGAGCAUGAUCCUGGAAGACCUGGAGUCGGCCCUGGCAGAACACGCCCCCGCGCCACAGGAGGUUAACUCCGAGCUGCCGCCUCUCACCAUCGACGGAAUUCCGGUCUCUGUGGACAAAAUGACCCAGGCCCAGCUUCGGGCAUUUAUUCCAGAAAUGCUCAAGUACUCCACGGGGCGGGGAAAACCAGGCUGGGGCAAAGAAAGCUGUAAACCCAUCUGGUGGCCUGAAGACAUCCCGUGGGCAAACGUCCGGAGUGAUGUCCGCACAGAAGAGCAGAAGCAGAGGGUUUCAUGGACUCAGGCGCUACGGACCAUAGUUAAAAACUGUUAUAAGCAGCACGGGCGGGAGGACCUUUUGUACGCGUUCGAAGACCAGCAAACACAAACACAGGCCACCACCACGCACAGUAUAGCCCAUCUUGUCCCGUCCCAGACCGUAGUCCAGACCUUUAGUAACCCUGACGGCACUGUCUCACUUAUCCAGGUUGGUACAGGGGCAACAGUAGCCACAUUGGCUGAUGCUUCAGAAUUGCCAACCACAGUCACUGUUGCCCAAGUGAAUUAUUCUGCUGUGGCUGACGGAGAGGUCGAACAAAAUUGGGCCACGUUACAAGGAGGGGAAAUGACCAUCCAGACGACACAAGCGUCAGAGGCCACCCAGGCGGUGGCCUCGUUGGCAGAAGCGGCGGUGGCGGCGUCUCAGGAGAUGCAGCAGGGAGCGACGGUCACCAUGGCACUGAACAGUGAGGCCGCUGCCCAUGCCGUCGCCACGCUAGCCGAGGCCACCUUGCAAGGCGGGGGACAGAUCGUCCUGUCUGGAGAAACCGCAGCAGCCGUCGGAGCACUUACUGGAGUCCAGGAUGCUAAUGGCCGGCAAGUGAAAUGUUUUGAAGGACUUCCCUCCAGCCUAGAAAGACCUGUAGAUACCCUUGACGGCUCUAAAAACCGCAGAAGUUACUUAGGACUGGUCCAGAUCCCCGUCAGCAUGUACCAGACUGUGGUCACCAGCCUCGCGCAGGGCAACGGGCCGGUGCAAGUGGCCAUGGCCCCAGUGACCACCAGGAUAGCGGACAGCGCGGUCACCAUGGACGGCCAGGCGGUGGAGGUGGUGACCCUGGAGCAGUGACCCGCCGCCAAGCCAGAGCUCCCUUUUCUAGUCUCCUUCCAGAUUUUGUACACGUUUGCAGAGGUGCAAUCACAUGGAAUUAAGUCUCUUGACUUAGGAAGACAAGUUUUGUUAACUUUUUUUUUUUUUUAAGAAAAAAAAGGAAGAAAGGCAGCAGAUUUGGGACUCGUGUUUUUUAAAGCACCACUCUGAGCUCCGGGGGGCCGGCGAGAGUGAGAGACUGCACUCCCGCAUUCACCGUCCCCUCAAAAAAAGGCCAAAUUGUGGCAGGACUUCUUUCUGCGGAAACGUGUGUGUAUACAUCCGUGUGUCUCUGUGUGAGUGUGAAUAUAUGUAUAUGUGUACAUAGGGAUAUACACAUUUACAUAUAUGUACAAAGUAUAUAUAUAUGUAUAUGUUUAUAUAUAUAUAUAUGGAACCCGCAUGGAUUAUCUGUAUGAAAUCAAGGUGAGCUGUGGGGAAAUAAUUCACCCAGUUUAGUGGGUGUCGGGUACGUGGCCAGACACAGCCACCCAGUUGUCGUUCAUACCAGGGUCAUGCGAUGAGCUACUGACAAACUCAGGCGGAGGUGACCGUGGCCUUCACCAAAACUGCCUCCCAGAGGCCGCCCCGGACUCCCCGCGGCCUCGGAGGGAGCCCGCGCCCCCGGGUGGCCGGCAAGGUCACGGGCCUCCUGGUCUGGCAGCUGAGAGCUCCUCGGGCUGGCCCUGGUGCCGACCUUGCCACCUCCAGGCCAACGUCCUCCACCGUCCUGGGCAGGGCCCCAGAGGCCGCCCACCCUGUCCGGGGUGCCCUCCCGCCCUGUUAACUCUUAGAACGUUGCUUUGGUCUGAAGGCCAGUCCUGAACCGGUCCGGGUAGAUGAGCAGAAGGUAACAGAAGUAUUAAGGGUUUAAGGAGUAUGUGUGCGUUAUUAAGUAUGCUUGGGGGGGUGGGGGGCGCUCGGGGAGGUGGGGCGAGGAUGGGACAAGGAGCGUGAGGGGUAGGGAGAGAAAAACCCUCAGAAACCCGGAUCCCCCGUGGGGGCAGCUUCUCCCCCAACCCUGUCCUGCCCUGGAGCAGGGAGGGGGGGGCAGCCCUCACAGGAGGGGGCGUCCUGCACCCCGGGACCAAGGCCCUGUUUCAUCGGGGACACGGGCCCCACCAGGCUCUCCGGUGAUCCAGGACCCCUCGUCGUGCCCCCAGACACUGGCGGUCUGGGCCACUCUCACAUUCUCAGCUGCACGCCGGGGCAAGCGCUAGGCUCCAGGCUCCCCCGGGGGCCUCAUCGCCCCACCUUGAGUCAGGGAACCCCUCUGUCCCCCUCCCCGGCCCUGCGUCCCCACCCCCACCCCUUGUGUGAUAGUGUAUUUAAUGUGUUUUUUUAAUGCAACAUUAAAAGAUUCUUCACGUCUUGCUCAGCCUUUGAGAAAAGUUUCAGAUUCUUGUAUUUGCUUGUUUUAUAUAAAACUCUCCAAUGGUCUUUGUAUGUUUUUCUUUUUUUGUUUUUGUUUUUCUGUACGUCAGGGGGUGAGGGUAAGGGAGGGGAGGGAGAUUUACAUAUAAACAGUCCUAGUUCUACAAUUUGUUAUUUUUUUAAUUAUUAUUUUUUUAACGGUCAGUGUGACUCUGUCCAGGGCCUCUAACGCCCGUGUUCCUCGUCAUGAAAUAACCUCCUAGUUUGAGACGUUGCCAAGGAGAAUCCGAGCAAACCCCAGUAGCAGAGCAUGGAUUCUGUGUUUUCCGUUCUGUCUGUCACUGCCUCCUUCAAUAAAUGGUUCCAAACGUGG